GCAGUGAGACUUGUAUCUAUUGUUCGGAUGCGGUUACGACGUGAUUCGCGAGUCUAGUAUCGACGUUAAACUAACGAAUACCUUCAUAGUCUUUCAACGUAUUUCUUCAGCUGAACUCCUUACACCUCUAAAUUCGGAAAUGUUAAAACUACGAUUGGUGGUUGGUGGAGCCCAACGUCAUCGUAUUUCUAGUGCUGGAAUUAUCUUCUCUUCUCGCGGCCAAUUGUCACAUCAUGAUGUAAAGAUCGGUGCUCAAAGAAAGGGAUAUCAUGAAAGCAGACCUUUACGACUUUCCUCAUCCGUUAGUCCGUCUGUACGAGAUUCGCGGAGAACGCGGAGUAAAGUUUCAUUAUCUGGAUGCAAUAGGCCUUUCGCUAGCGUCCUGCCAAACCUUGCAAGGUCUUUCCACUCGUCAACUAUAUUAAGAGACGAUAUUCGCAGUGUCAAGGUUCCCGCGUUUGCGGACUCCAUUUCCGAAGGAGACAUCAGAUGGGAGAAAAGCAAGUUCACGUUGCGGCAUGUCGGUGAUCACGUGGCGGAAGACGAAGUUGUUGCAGAAAUCGAAACGGACAAAACAGCCGUACCUGUUCCCGCCCCUGCUGCCGGUGUCAUCUUGGAACGAUUGGUUGAUGACGGUGCAACCGUAACCGCUAGUCAAGUGAUUUUCAAGCUUAAAGUUACUGGCGAAGCUCCACCGCCUAAACCUGAAGCCGCCGCUGCAGCAGCGACGCCACCACCUCCGAAGAAAGACGCCCAACCGGAACCCGAUGCUGCGCCUCUGCGUUCGCCCGACUUCCUCAAGCCGCCUCAGCCGGCACCCGAAGGAAAACCCGCACCUGCUAAACCCCAAGAGGGUUCAGGUCCAAUCCCGAAAGUCGCCCCGAAGCCGCCUCCGUUGCCCUCGAAACCCGUGGCGUCCGUGAAGCCCGACCAGGUGAAGGCGAAGGCGAUCCUAGAAGGUGCUACCAUCAAACUGCCUCCCAGCGAUCCGACGAAAAUCAUCAGCGGAACUAGGAGUGAACAGCGCGUCAAGAUGAGCCGAAUGCGGCAACGCAUUGCCGUGCGUCUGAAGGAAGCGCAAAAUUCCGCCGCCAUGUUGACCUCUUUCAACGAAAUCGAUAUGAGCAACAUUAUGGAAAUGCGAAAGACGCACCAGGAAGCAUUCCAGAAGAAGCAUGGGAUGAAAUUCGGAUUCAUGUCCGUGUUCCUCAAAUCCGCCGCGUACGCUCUGCAACAAAUUCCCGAGGUGAACGCUGUCAUCGAAGGCAACGAGAUCAUUUACAGGGACUACGUUGACAUCUCGGUCGCUGUUGCUACACCAAAGGGUUUGGUCGUACCCGUAUUGCGCAAUGUGGAGUCGAUGAACUACGCCGACAUUGAGCGAGGGAUUGCGGAGUUGGGCGCCAAGGCGCGUGACAAUGCUUUAGCUGUAGAAGACAUGGAUGGCGGCACGUUUACGGUGUCCAACGGCGGCGUUUUCGGCUCGCUUUUUGGUACGCCGAUCAUCAAUCCGCCGCAAUCUGCAAUUCUCGGGAUGCACGGAAUUUUUGACCGGCCUGUCGCUGUGAAGGGACAAGUGGUGAUUCGGCCAAUGAUGUAUGUCGCGUUGACGUACGAUCAUCGCUUGAUUGACGGCAGGGAGGCGGUGACUUUCCUCAGGAAGAUCAAGAGCAGCGUGGAGGACAGUCGCACCAUGUUGCUGGGAAUGUAGACUCUCCUUCUAAACACACACAGGCUUGUUGUGGGGGAAAAAAGCAAUUCGAAUGUUGCGAUCGAGUCUCUUCUAGAGCGUGUUUUUUAGUUCUCAUCUUCCCCCUCUUUUUGUUUCCCGGUUGCGUUUCUAACUGCCAGUGAAAGGUCCGAGGGACAAGUGAAGGGAUAAAUCUUGAAUCACGCGCCCUGUGUUUUGCUGUUUCGCGUUGAAGGCAAAAAGCGCGCGGCUUUGACUGGAUCACUUUAUCGGGGAUGUUGCUUGCCAAUUGAGUCAGAGGGACUUCUCAGCAUUUUUCUUGGUUCGAGCCGUCUCGAAUUAAAUUUGUUUUCGCCUUAAUAAUACGACCAGCAGUGCGAGAAGUGACCUUAAAUUUUUUUGGGGUGUUUGGAAAGUUUCCGAAUUCGUCUUAUGUCCGAACGAGGUUUUUUUUUUUUUAGUGUGGGUAAAUGCCACUUGAGGUCCCAAUGACGUUUUGAUUCCUCACGAUCAUUUCUGUACCCACUGAUGUAAAUCCUUCCUGUUGAAGUUUCAAGGGUGCGCUGACAGUUAACUCGCGGUAAGAAUUCGAAUACGUUCAGAAUUUUUUUUCAGCUUGAUCAGAUGUGAAAAGGAAGAGAGAAGUGCAUCCUUUUUGUAUAAAUUGAGUUAAUCAAAAAUUUUUCUGUGAACCUUUCUUGAUUAAGUAGGUAUCCGCAAAGUUGUUGUACAGAAUAAAUUUUAAAUAAGGAAUACAUUUUUGUGCCUUGUCCUUGGUAGUGACACAUUUUUCUGACCUGGGUAGAUGUCACUGGCAGUACAAAUGCGUAUUUUUUCUGAACAGAGUGGUCCUUCAGUUUCAUCAGUCGUGAAUCCAGGUUACUCAAGCAAGAAGGAUUUUAAGUCCAGAAAAACCAGUUCCCAACUUCUUCUGUUGCUAGGACACAUUUUUCACUUCGGUAGAUGUCACUGGUGGUCAACUGAACACGGUACUUCCGUUUCACACAACCACAUUUUAAUUUCUCGCGUGCACGGGGAAUUCUGAAAUUUUCUGGACACCCUGUAGUUCUGGCUUGAUGUCAGAAACGAGGGAAAAGAGCAUUUUCGUCGAUGCUGAAUUGUACUUUCGGUAAAACGGUGAUCGGUGGAACCAGUGGAGUGUGAGAAGUUACCUCACUCAUAGAAACUAGUGGACGGUGUUGCGUUUUAUGUGGAUUAGUUUUAUUCGCGGGCCUGCAAUUUGUUUUUUUUUGUGUGGCUGGCUAAGCCUUGAAUGCUACGAGUCAGUCCUGCUCAUGUGAGGAGUUGUUCAGUAAAUGUAAUUGAAGGAUUACAUUUGUAUUACCCCUCCAAGAGGAAAGUUA